CUAAAACAAAAAAUGGCUUCAAUCAAUGGCGUCUACAAGCUGAAAAAGACUCCCGAUCUAACCCCUUUUAACGAUUCUUCCUUCUCCUUUGUCUUCUUUUGUUCAUUUGCAAGUUAAGGACAGCACCCUCUCUCUAAUCAGCCCAAUCGCGGCCAUUUCAGUGUGAGAGGCGAAAAUGGCUGUGAAUUGCUCUCUUCUGGUGAUACUGGCGCUGGUUGUAAUGGCGUCGGUAGUGAGUGGAGAUGAACCUUCGAUUAAGCCGAAGGUUAAGAUUGUUAAGGGGAAGAAGCUUUGUGAUAGAGGAUGGGAGUGUACCUGGUCUUCUUAUUGUUGCAAUUUGACCAUUACUGACUACUUCGAGACCUAUCAAUUUGAGAAUCUCUUCUCGAAGCGUAAUUCGCCGGUGGCCCAUGCCGUCGGGUUCUGGGACUUCCAUUCCUUCAUUCUGGCUGCUGCUCAGUUCGAGCCGCUCGGAUUUGGAACCACUGGGGAUAAGAAGAUGCAGAUGAAAGAGAUUGCUGCUUUCUUGGGGCAUGUCGGCUCUAAGACCUCUUGUGGUGAUGGAGUGGUCACAGGAGGGCCACUUGCUUGGGGUCUUUGUUUCAAUAAGGAGAUGAGUCCUAGCCAGGAUUAUUGUGAUGACUACUUCAAGCUUACCUAUCCUUGUGCUCCUGGUGCUCAAUAUUAUGGCCGUGGUGCUCUGCCCAUUUUCUGGAAUUACAAUUACGGUAAGAUUGGCGAUGCUUUGAAGAUAGAUCUGUUGCAUCAUCCUGAAUAUGUGGAGCAGAAUGCAACCAUUGCAUUUCAAACUGCAAUAUGGAAGUGGAUGAACCCAGUGAAGAAGUCACAGCCUUCACCUCAUGAUGUCUUUGUUGGCAAUUGGAAACCCACAAAGAACGACACCUUGUCCAAAAGGGUUCCUGGUUUUGGUACAACCAUGAACAUUCUCUAUGGAGAUUCCAUCUGUGGGAAGGGUGAUAUCGACCCGAUGAACAACAUCAUUUCUCAUUACCUAUACUACCUCGACCUGAUGGGUCUUAGUCGGGAUGAGGCCGGGACUCACGAAACGCUUUCGUGUGCUGAGCAGAUUCCGUUCAAUCCAACUUACGUCGCUCCUGCUGCAGCUUCUUGAGAUCCAUCCAUGACAAUGGGUUGUAAGCAUCCAGAAUUUCCACUAGUUCAAGUAAGAACCGAGACAUCCUUAUACAAUUAUUUAAAGUGUGCAGUAUGUUUGUCAUAUUUAUACUCCUAGGAUUUCAGUGUUUCUGAGAUGUCAAUGAAUCGCUUGGUAUAUAAUAUAUCUGUAUUACUAUGAACAAUUUGGUUUCUUGGUCGAAAUGUGUGUUGCCGACAUGUUCUUCCUUGUCUGA